UCAACUCAGAGCAACACAACAACGUUUCUUUCUUCUCAUUCUCUUUCUCUUUCUCUUUCUUUCUCUUUUCGCUUCUUCUUUCCAUUUCAUUUCAUUUCAUUCACCACCACCAACUCUUCUUCUUCUUCGUCUUCUUCCGAUUAGGGUUCCACUAUAUUCUAUUCUUUUGUUCUUCACAUUCUUAUCUUGCACAACACACCACUCAUUCAACCACCCAUGGCUACAGAGCUUCUUCAAAUCGAUCCGCCGGAGCUCCGAUUCGUUUUUGAACCGAAGAAACAAAGUUCAUCUCUGGUUCAACUUGGGAACAAAACAGAUCAUUAUAUUGCGUUUAAGGUUAAAACAACGUCACCGAAGAAAUAUUGUGUUAGACCCAACAUUGGCAUCAUCAAGCCCAACGAAAAAUGUGAUUUUACCGUUACUAUGCAAGCCCAGCGUGAUGCACCACCUGAUAUGCAGUGCAAAGACAAAUUUCUGAUUCAGAGCACCGUUGCCCCUUUUGGAGCCACAGAGAACGACAUCACGUAUAAUAUGUUUGCAAAAGACAGUGGAAGGCUUAUUGAGGAGAAGAAGCUGAGGGUAGUUCUCAUCAGCCCAUCGUCUUCCCCGGUGUUGCUUCCAGUAAAUGGUGAUAUGAAGCAUGAUCCAUCCAACGAAAUUGAUGUGCAAAAAGACAGGGUGCUCAGUGGAGUUGAAAACAUACCUCCUCGCACAAUUUCUGAGGAAGUUAAAGGUUUGGAACCAAUCAAGGAUACGAAGGAGGAUAGAGCAGAUGAGGAUGUAGUCCCAAUACAAACUGAGAAUGUGGGUGACAUGAAGGCAGCAAAAGACGACGUGCAGUUGAAUUUAGAUAACGAAUCUGAGGAAUUGAAGUCAAAGCUUGGUAUAAUGGAUUCAAAGCUGAGAGAGGCCACGGUAACCAUCACUAAGCUGAAUGAGGAGAGGCGUAGGAACACGGAAGAAAAAGACUUACUUAAGAAAGAGUUGGAGUUGUUGAAGAGGGAAAUCAACAGGAAAAGAACUCAGGGUGGCUUUCCAUUUCUGUUUGUUUGCAUGGUUGCUCUGAUCAGCGUGGCAGUUGGAUAUUAUAUGCAUCCUUAAGAGAGAAAACUGCGUGUAUAGGAUGAUACCGCACCUUCAAAAAUCAUGGAUCUCUCCGUAGUGAUGACUGACUGGGAUAGAGGAUGGUUCAUUUGUUUAUUGUGAUGGUUUCACUCCACACAGAUCAUGGAAAGCUUUGUGAAUUGGUGUAAAGUGAACUAAGCCUUUUACUACAAGUAUAAUAACAAGCAUUCUGAUACUUUGGUUUGUUCCUUAA